AUGCAAGUUGUUUGGGAGGCGGACACGGCGGCCUUCGCGAGCCGCAAGAGAGCCGCACGGGCAUGUCAGAAAUGUCGCGCCGCGAAGAAGCGCUGUCAUCACACCUUUCAGCGCCCGCCAGAGCAGCAGGCAGAUUCUGAUGGGCUUGACAGGGUGCUGCCCAACCUGACACACAAAGAACCCAUCCGUUUCGUGGGAGACUUGAACCCCGAGUCCAUCCUCACGGACUUGUCGUCGAGGAAGCAAGGCGGCCAGAGGAUCAGUCGGGUCGGCACCUGGGUCGAACAGUCUCGCGACUUACAAGAUGGACUCCCUCCAGAGGACCUUGGCCCGCCCCAACCGCACAAGUCGGGCGACAAAACGCCACUCAAUGUCGAGAAGUAUGGCAGGGUUGAAGGUGGUCGAAGGAUCCUGACUGGUCAUCAACGAAAUUACUUGCAAGCCGUGGGAGCCUUUCGAGUUCUGCCCAAGGCGACUCAGGACGCCCUGGUCACCACUUACAUUGCAUGCUUUGAUGGACUGCUACCCAUCCUGAACGGCAUUAAACUGCUUCGGGACUAUACCGAGGGACGGUGCUCAAUAUUCCUCAUGCAGGCCAUAUGUCUUGUCACCUGCAAGACCGAGGAGGCCGCUCCAUACCUCCUACUUUAUGAUGACGGGCCACUUCUUGAUCCCAUCCCAUUCGCCCGGAGUUUACAUACGGGAUUGGAUGCAGCAAUGAAAGCUGACCUGGAACCUGAUAGAGUCACCAAGGUCCAGAUUCUGACAUUGAUGCAUCUACAUAAUGAUGGACCAGGGGGCAUUGAAGAGUCCUCACUGCAUCUGUCGCAAGCAAUUCACGAUGCCUGGACAGCGGGUCUCCAUAUCCACACGCCAGGACGGUCCCCCAAAGACCAGUCAAGCAUGUUAUGGUGGACCAUCUGGACUCUCGACAAGAUCAAUGCCUGUCUUGGUGGGCGGCCAAUUGUGAUCGCAAAUCGAGACAUCGACAUCGCUCGUCCGCCCCUGGAGAACGGCGUUCCCAGAAGCAAUGUAAUCAAUUUGUGGCUGAGAUUGGGAGACCUUCUCGACGAGGUCAUUGAAUUUUACAGACCAACUGCGGACCCGGAGUGUACAGGGUGGGAGGCUGAGUUCCCAGCCUAUCGGUCGCUGACUGAGGGUAUCGAUUUGUCCUUACUUCCAGUCUCGGAACAAAGUAUCCUCGAGCUCUGUUACCACGUCAUCGCGAUUCUCUCUUGCCGCGCAGGUGGUCCUUCCACGACCUCCUAUGCCCGCCGUAUAUCAGCGGCUGAUCGGAUCCAGGAACUCCUCGCUAACGGUCGUCACACGUCUGUUCAACCUAUUCCUCUGGUGCCCUAUGCGGUCGGCCUCGCACUGACAGUUGCAUACCGCGGUCUCCGUGACAAUGCAUUUGAAGACACCGAUCGUGCACAGGCCGAUCUCGCUACGCGCUGUGAGACAUUGGAGGCGCUGAGCAUGUACUGGUGGACUGCAGACGCAAUGGCCAGACUGGGCCGGAAGGCGCUGAAGUCUCUGAAACAAACAGGGGUGAGGAAAGCUGACGUGACUGGAAUCGUCAACGCAAUGGAAGCAGAGGUCGCUGCGUGCAAGUUUGGGCCGUUUGAGGGCAAGGCUCAUCGUGGAGGACACCAUUCUCACAGUUCAUCCACGCCCGCUGCGACGCUCAGAGGGUCUGCGACUACAACCCCGGCGAUGACGAAAUCCCUGUCUUCUGGCGGAGGCCCCGGAGGAAACGGAUUACAUGUCCUCUCCGAUGCAGCAGCAACCCAUUCAAACGGAACAGCCCCGACCCUAGCGUCGCCAUCCUCGGCCAGAAGCGGCGACAAUAGCGUCAGCAACAAGAGCCAUAGCAAGAAUCUUGGGAAUACUCCUGUUGCUAGGGCCAUGCCCAACGUCACGCCCGCAUCGCUCUUGACCACCACAUCCCCCAAAACGUCCCUGUCGCAGCAAUUCAACCACAGCUACGCCUCGGGAUUCAGCCAAAUCCCACCCAUGUCCGCGUUCCAGUACCAGAACUACAACAAAAGCACGCGCUUCCAGACAUCAGCCCUGAACAACCCGCACCACAAUGCCCUUGGUGGGAUGUCCUCUACCGGUGCAAACGCGUUUGCGCUCGAUGUACCAUCCUCGUUUGGCCCGGGCAUUUACGACCCGCAGUUCACGAAUCUGGACGAGCUGUUCGACGGCUUCUUCGACCUCAGCAUGCCCACCAUCUUCCAGGACCCGCUCUUCGAUGGCGAUGCUUUCCUAAAUGCCGACCUCAAUUUCGGCAUGGACCCCAGCAUGGCCACUAUCGAAGGCCUGGGCUAUGCCACCGACGUGGGCGCCGGCUCUGCCAUUGUCGGCGCUGUGUCUCCUUUACCCUUAUCUGGAAUCUCAGGGCCGACAGCUCCCCCAGCAGCAGCCUCGGCGACAACGCUCACCGGCACCGGGCCUGCACCGUCCAGCGACAACGCAUCCUCGACAACUCCUCCCAAGCCGUCCACGAGCGCAGGCACGGGCGCUAGUGCUGGGCUACAUAAUAGCACUCCACGCAGUCCGGCGUAUCCGGACAUUGGCACACAUUGA